GACUGGAGUCGGUCCGAGUUGGCCGAAGCUGUUGCCAUGACAAGCGUUUCCUUAAGAAAGCUCCGCCGUUGAGACCAUCCGAGCUGGGGCUUGAGGGGGAAGGCGCGAACUUCCUGGGGAACCAUCCUUCCGAGGAAAGCAAGACCGGGGGCAACAGCCCAGCUCCCCCGAAGUAUUUGCUUCCAGGAACCUGAGGUCCUUCCCGGCAGGAGGGCCGGCGGAGGAGACCAGCCCGCACCCGGGCCUCUGCAAAAAAAAAAAAGGCAAGAGAGCAAGCCGGAAUCUCUAGCGUGGCUGCUCAUUGGGGAGACGAGUGGUCACCCCCUCCCUACCCUGUCCAUGGAACCCCGGAGGGAGAGUGCUGCUUGCAGAAGCCUGGAUCUUUGCUAGAAAGAAAGAGAGAGAUCCAGUUGUCAUUGGUAUCCAGGGAGCCCUCCUCCUUCUCCUGCUGCCUCUCUACCAUCGCAGUUCCUGGGUGUUGCUAAGGUUGCCUCCAUGGUAACGUGCGCAUGCUGUUUACACUUCCAUCUGGGCAAGCUGUUCUGAGCUAGGAACCUACCUACCCUGGACGACCACGGUCUAUCGCCACCUGGGGACACCAAACAUCGUGACACAUGGUCCAGCUUUCACUCAGUUCCCCCGUCCUCUUCCUCUUCUUGCUGCCAAGCUUCCUAAGGAAAAAGGACCAAGACAGAGUCCAUCAGUUUCCUCACUGGGCUCCCACAGAAGCAAGGAACAGGAAGUAGGCAGAGAAGCAAGAGACCCUGAUCAGUUGAAGGGGAGCUCCGCCUUUGCUCUGACUGAGGGCGUCUGAAGGGCUUGGGAACAGCAGGCAAAAUGACAAACACCACAGAACAUGCCUUGCCGGCCAACUCGACGGCUGAGAGCCGUGAAAAGGAAUUUGGCCUCACAGUCAUGGAGCUCUUUGGCUGCACAGUCAUGGAGCUCAGGAAGCUCAUGGAGCUGCGUUCGACGGAUGCUCUGAUCCAGAUCAAUGACCACCAUGGAGGUGUAAUGAAUCUCUGCAGUAAACUGAGAACCGACCCUGUGGAAGGUCUAUCCGGGAGCCCAGCGGAUCUGGAAAAACGUAAACAAGUGUUUGGACAGAACUUAAUCCCUCCCAAAAAGCCCAAGACCUUCUUAGAAUUAGUGUGGGAAGCCCUUCAAGAUGUCACCCUCAUCAUCCUGGAGAUCGCAGCCAUCAUCUCCCUGGUUCUGUCCUUCUAUCGUCCCCAUGGUGAAGAAAAUGAACAGUGUGGUCUACCUAUCAAUAGCCCAGAGGACGAAGGGGAGGCAGAAGCCGGCUGGAUCGAGGGGGCAGCCAUUCUGUUCUCGGUGAUCAUCGUGGUGCUAGUGACGGCCUUCAAUGAUUGGAGCAAAGAGAAGCAGUUCCAAGGGCUGCAGAACCACAUUGAAAAGGAACAGAAAUUCUCCGUUAUUCGAAAUGGUCACAUCAUCCAGCUCCCUGUGGCUGAUAUCGUGGUGGGUGAUAUCGCCCAAAUCAGAUACGGUGACCUGCUGCCUGCAGAUGGGAUCCUGAUCCAGGGAAAUGAUCUCAAGAUUGACGAGAGCUCUCUGACUGGGGAAUCGGACCAUGUCAAGAAAUCCUUAGAAAGAGACCCCAUGUUGCUCUCAGGGACCCAUGUCAUGGAAGGUUCUGGCCGGAUGUUAGUGACUGCUGUGGGUGUCAACUCCAAAACUGGAAUCAUCUUUACCCUCUCGGGGGCCAGUGAGGAGAAGAAGAAAGGUAAAAAACAAAGAGUCCCCGAAAAUCACAACAAAGCAAAGGCUCCGGAUGGGGUGGCCCUGGAAAUCCAGCCACUCAACAGCCAGGAAGGCAUCGACAAUGAGGGAAAGGAGAAGAAGGUGGUCAAGCUGCCCAAGAAGGAGAAGUCGGUGCUGCAGGGCAAGCUGACGCGCUUGGCUGUCCAGAUCGGGAAAGCUGGUCUAAUCAUGUCUGCUGUCACCGUUCUCAUCCUGAUUCUGUACUUUGUGAUUGACAACUUCGUGAUACAGCGCAAGCCAUGGCUAGCCGAGUGCACCCCCAUCUACAUCCAGUACUUUGUCAAGUUCUUCAUCAUUGGUAUCACUGUACUGGUGGUGGCUGUGCCGGAGGGGCUGCCACUGGCUGUCACCAUUUCACUGGCCUACUCUGUGAAGAAAAUGAUGAAAGACAAUAACCUGGUGCGGCACCUGGAUGCUUGUGAGACCAUGGGCAAUGCCACUGCCAUUUGCUCUGACAAGACAGGCACGUUGACCAUGAACCGCAUGACUGUGGUACAAGCUUACAUCGGAAAUACCCAUUACCGUCAGAUCCCAAGCCCUGAUGUCUUGGUGCCUAAGGUCCUGGACCUUCUUGUCAAUGGCAUUUCUAUCAACAGUGCCUACACCUCCAGGAUCCUGCCUCCAGAGAAGGAGGGGGGCCUGCCGCGGCAGGUGGGCAACAUGACAGAGUGCUCGUUGCUGGGCUUUGUCAUCGCCCUGAAGCAGGACUACCACGCCGUGCGCAGUGAGGUGCCCGAGGAGAAGUUCUACAAGGUGUAUACCUUCAACUCAGUGCGCAAGUCCAUGAGCACGGUCAUCCAGAAGCCCGGCGGCGGCUACCGCAUGUACAGCAAGGGCGCCUCCGAGAUCAUUCUGCGCAAGUGUAAUCGCAUCCUGGACAAGAACGGAGAAGCAGUGCCAUUCAAGAGUAAGGACCGAGAUGAGGUAGUGCGCACUGUCAUCGAGCCCAUGGCCAGUGAGGGACUCCGGACCAUCUGCUUAGCUUAUCGAGAUUUCAAUGACGUAGAGCCCCCGUGGGACCAUGAGAGCGAAAUCCUCACUGAACUGACCUGCAUCGCAGUGGUGGGCAUCGAGGACCCUGUGCGCCCAGAGGUGAGACUUGUGACCCACGCAAGUGACCUAACUCUUUUGCAGAGGAGUGGCAUUACUGUCAGAAUGGUGACAGGGGACAACAUCAACACAGCCCGGGCCAUUGCCACCAAAUGUGGCAUCAUAGCACCUGGGGACGAUUUCCUGUGCUUGGAAGGGAAAGAGUUCAACCGACUCAUUCGCAACGAGAAGGGCGAGGUAGAGCAAGAAAAGCUGGACAAGAUCUGGCCUAAGCUUCGAGUCCUGGCGCGAUCUUCCCCCACGGACAAGCACACGCUGGUGAAAGGCAUCAUUGACAGCACGGUUGGGGAACAGCGACAGGUGGUGGCAGUCACAGGUGAUGGCACCAACGACGGGCCGGCUCUGAAGAAAGCGGACGUGGGUUUUGCGAUGGGUAUUGCAGGCACAGAUGUGGCAAAGGAGGCAUCAGACAUCAUCCUAACAGAUGACAACUUUACCAGCAUUGUGAAGGCAGUGAUGUGGGGACGAAACGUCUACGACAGUAUCUCCAAGUUCUUGCAGUUCCAGCUCACUGUCAAUGUGGUGGCCGUGAUUGUGGCCUUCACUGGAGCCUGCAUCACUCAGGACUCCCCGUUGAAAGCUGUGCAGAUGCUGUGGGUGAAUCUAAUCAUGGACACGUUUGCCUCACUGGCCCUGGCCACAGAGCCCCCCACCGAUUCUUUGUUGAAGCGUCGCCCCUAUGGCCGAAAUAAGCCUCUGAUCUCACGGACUCUGAUGAAGAACAUCUUGGGCCACGCGGUCUAUCAGCUCACAAUCAUCUUUUUCCUUGUCUUUGCCGGUGAGAAAAUCUUUGACAUUGAUAGUGGGAGGAACGCGCCUCUGCAUUCCCCAUCCAGCCAGCACUAUACCAUUGUUUUCAACACUUUUGUGCUGAUGCAGCUCUUCAAUGAAAUCAACUCACGCAAGAUCCACGGAGAGAGGAAUGUCUUUGGAGGCAUCUUCCGUAAUCUCAUCUUUUGUGCUGUGGUUUUGGGCACAUUCAUCAGCCAGAUUAUCAUCGUGGAAUUUGGGGGUAAGCCUUUCAGCUGUACGAAGCUCAGCCUGUCCCAGUGGUUUUGGUGUCUCUUCAUUGGCAUCGGAGAACUGCUGUGGGGCCAGGUCAUCUCCACAAUACCUACCCAAUCCCUGAAGUUCCUGAAGGAGGCCGGGCAUGGCACUGCCAAGGAGGAGAUCACCAGGGAUGCAGAGGGGCUAGACGAAAUUGACCACGCGGAGAUGGAGCUACGCCGAGGCCAGAUCCUCUGGUUCCGGGGUCUGAAACGUAUCCAGACUCAGAUCAAAGUGGUCAAAGCAUUCCAUAGUUCCCUCCAUGAAAGCAUCCAGACACCCAAGAACCAAAACUCCAUCCACAACUUCAUGACCCACCCUGAAUUAGCCAUAGAUGAGGAGGGGCCACGAACACAACUCCUGGAUGAGCAAGAGGAGAAAAUUUUUGAAAAGGUUUCUAAGUCUGGGACUAGGGUGCUCCUGUUGGAUGGUGAGGUCACUCCAUCCGCCAACACAAACAACAAUGCCGUGGAUUGCAGCCAGGUGCAAAUUGUUCCCUCCUACUCUGACAGCCCUCUACAUAGCCUGGAGACAUCAGUCUGAACUUCAUUCUCUGCCUCCCAUUCUUGCUUUUUCUAUUUCCUGUUCAUCUCUCCCAUCUAUAAGAUGAUGAUGGGACUUUUUGCUGUCAUGUCAGCUGCUCCCAAGUAUGUGUGAGCCCUACCUGACCACGAAAGGCAAGAGAACAUACCUAAGGAUUUCAACUUAAACUUGAGUUGGGGUUUGUAGCAGGACCUAGUCAAACCCCUGCCGGGUAGUGAAUACUAAAACCUACUCCUUGAGUGUAUCAGUUGUCAUUUUUAAAGAAAUGAUACGAUCUUCUUAGCAUUCAUUCCAACUGAAUUCUUCCCCAGUAUUCAUGCUUAUGUUGCCAUCUCCUGACUUCUGGAUUUUACCUUAUCAGUCUGUGUCAUUUAUAACCUCAGUUGAGGGUUCAGCAAGACAAAUAUUCUCAAAUGAAAUGUGUGGGAAGCAGGAAUGGAAUGUAUGGAAUUAGCCUAUAGAGUGAUUGUUUUUAAAAUUGUUUUCCCAUUUUGAAAGCUUAUACCUAAA